AAGACCAUGCAACAGACAGAUUAUUUGUUUGGAUUUCUUAUUCUUGCCAACGCGAUCCUCGUUGUAUUUUCCUGUAGUUGUGUGAUGCAAAAUCCCUACAACGGAUACUGCGAAUCCGAAAAUGUUCUCGUUGUGAGAGCACUUAAGUUAAUUGAGCAUGAACGGGUGAAUUCAUACGAGGCAGAGAUUGUGAAAGUAUUCAAGUCGAAAGAACCAUUGACAAGAAACACUACAACUCUUAAUACAGCAAAAUAUGGAAGCCUGUGUGGAACAUCACUGCCAUUAAAUCAACCAAUGAUGAUAUCACCGAGUGGAGGUGAUUAUGGUGGGUUUGAGUUCAGGAUAGGCUUGUGUGACUCAAUAAGAAUGAAGUACAGUGAAAAGCUUGAAAACUUCGGAGAAGAUUUAGAUUGCAGUUGUCGGGUGUCAACUGGUGGCUUUGGGGAUUCUUUUUACCCUAAGGAAAUGUUGUGUCCAUGGAUUGGAUUUUUUAAUAAGCUGAGUUGUCCAAAUGGUGAUAGGAUGAGAUGCUCAGCAGACGACAACGGAGAGUGCCAAUGGCGGUGUAAAUCAGAAAAUUUCUCCUAG